AUGUCGACUUCCACCAGGGCAAGCCUCUCAGCUCUACCCGAUGAAUUACUUCUCGAAAUCCUCAGCCAUCUCUCUCACUGUGGAAGACAUGAACACAUCCGUAUUUUCUCCACUGUUUAUAACCUCGGCCUCACCAACUGGCGCCUCCGCCGUCUGAGCAAUCAACUCCUCUACUUAAGGUAUUCGUUCUACUAUGGGCAUCCGUACCUCUUCCUCCGUAUAAUAUCUACAAACCCAUAUCUCGCCUCACACCUCAAAACUAUUACUUGGGACUACUUCACUGAGAACUCGGAUCACUACUCUUAUAGGCAUCGUGGUUAUAUUUCGCCAUCCAAUGAGCUCAUCCAGAAGCUAGAUGAAGGGACGCCGUACGCUCAGCUUCUAGCGACAGAACUACCUACCUUACCAUACGAAGGCGAUGAGCGGCUUCUGAACACACUUCUCAUAUUUGCGCUUAACUUGGAGCACUUAGAAGUGUCUGAGACCUACAGAUGGGAUGACCACCUGUACUGGUUCAAUCCCAUUUUCACCCGCUCCCCACAUGCAUUCUCCCGUCUAACAUCAGCUGUCAUACAAGGACCCAUGCGAUUAGAAAACAUUACUUCACUGCUUAUCCUUCCCUCUAUGCGGAACCUUGAGCUCACCCAAGUCUGCUACAUACGGCACGAGGCGGAACCAUUCUUCGAAUGGGAGGAAGACCCCAACCAUUCCUUCACUAGUCAUCUCGAGCGGAAUGGCUCCAAUAUUGAGCAUCUCCGCCUUCGGGACUCACAUAUCAUGCUCGAUGACCUAAAACCCGUCAUGCGCGCGAUCCGAGCACUAAAAUCCUUCGAGUACAACUCCGUUUGCAACGACAUGAGCGACAUCCACCUCACAGGAUUGGAUACAUGGGCUCUAAUUAGAGACUUGGAGAAACAUAAAGAUUCGCUAGAGUCUCUGGGGCUCAGGUGCAACGACGGCAUAGUACCAGACCAAAUCAUUGACCUUUUCGACGCCCUCAAAUCUUCCAACCUUCACACUCUAGACAUCGGUCCCCUGAUUUUCUUCAACUCCGAUCCAAGAACCUACGCGUCUGCAUUUUCGGACGCCCUACCCCUAUCUCUGGAAACCCUCCGCUUCACAUUCUUCGAUUCCACACAAAUCCACUACAUCGACCCGAACCAUCACAAAUCAAUCGAGCUUGUUCUAUAUUCCAUAGCCACGAACCCGAAUACUCAGCAUUUAGCAAAGUUACAGAGAGUGGAGCUAGUUGGGUGGCACACGUGGUACGGACACUUUCCAGAGAAUGUGGAGCACAUUCAGCGUUUGUUUGCAAAGGCGGGUGUCCUAUUCUCGUCCACGCCUGCUCCUAUCGGAGAGACCGAAGACACACAAGUGGACUUAAUAUGUCGUGGAGAUGUAGAGCCGGGGUGGCUCAGUUUUGUCCUCCACGCGAGCGAUCAGGGCUUUACAAUAUGCCCAGAAGAACGUCUUGAGCCACGAUCCUCGGAAAGUACUUACGGUAGCCAUUCCCAAGAGCCCAGUGCAAGUGACCUUUCAGAUACGAGAGAGGAUAUACCUGAGGCAGAUACCAGGACUAUGUGA